AUGCCAAAUAAUACAUCUAUCUUCAUAGCAGAACUAAAAGCAAUAGAUGUAGCUUUAGACAACUUGAAAGAAAAAAACAACAAAUACUUUAUUAUUAUGUCAGAUUCCUUAUCAGCUGUUAUGGCUCUCAAACAAAUUGAAAUAAAUAAUGAUUUAAUAAAAAGUAUUAAAAUUAAAAUACACAAUUUAAUACAAGAUAAAUACAACAUUCAAAUAAUAUGGAUUCCAAGUCAAAUAGGAAUAGCAUGUCGAGCGUCUGCUGUUGGUGAGCCCCAUGGUGAGGGCUUAAAUGCGAAAGAGAAGGAUAGAAAUUCCUCGGGGCGUGAUGAGCAGCUGCUGUGGGUGAACUCCAUAAUUUUGGCUCAAAUGCCUGGGGGGAAUUAA